AUGUCGAACAAGGCGAAGGGCACAUACACCGAACCUGACUCGGACUCGGACUCGGGCUCGGACUCGGACUCGGGCUCGGACUCGGACUCGGGUGGCAGCCACGCCUCGCGCCCGGCCUCGCCCACGACGCUCUUUGAAGAUAGCCUCUUUGCCCUCUUUGCCCACAACCAGCCCGCCCACGGCGACCCGGGCGACGUGCGGACCUUCACCCAUACCAACCUGCCCCCUCGCUACGUCCGGCUGCACCAGGACGACGACGACAACGCCGAGGGCGCAUCGGAGGCGCCUUCUUCGCCGCCAUCCGCCCAGGUACCCGCCCACGACGAUUCCUCCCUACAACGCCGCCGCCGUCGGCGGAGGGACACGACGAUACGGUACCGCCUUGCCCAAAACGACGGGGACAACACGAAGCUGUUCGCGCACCAUCAGUGGGACGCUGGUCUGUACAUGGCAGAGAUGAUUGCAGAGCAUUGCUGCGUCCACCCACCUACUUCCCUCGACCAUCCUGACGCUGCCACCACAACCGACGCCGGCAAGGGGCCGGGCACGGCGAUACUCGACGUCAGGGCAAAGACGGUCGUCGAGCUAGGUGCGGGAACCGGUCUGCCCAGCCUCGUCGCUGCGCUGAUGGGCGCCCGCCAGACGGUCAUCACCGACUACCCGGAUCCCAAGAUCCUCGAUAACUUGCGGGGGAACCUCGACCUCGCCCUCGGGUCCACCUCGACCUUGACCUCGUCCUCGUCCUCACCCACGACAAAGGAGGACGAGGGGCGAGGCAAGAGGAAGGUCGCUUCCGAAGCGUUCCGCACGGCCCGACGCACGACGACGGUAGAGGGCCUGUGCUGGGGCAAAGACGACGAGGAGACCGCCGUUCUCUCGCACCUCGAUCCCGGACGCGUCCCCGCCGUCUCUGGACAGCAACGACCGCGAUUCGACAUGAUCCUCGCUGCCGACGUACUCUGGGUCUCGUCGGCCCAUGCGCACCUCAUCCACUCGAUCCGGCGUCUCCUUGCCCGCCAUGCGGAGGCGCGGUGCAUCCUCAUCGCCGGAUUCCACACGGGUCGGCCGGCAGUGACGCGCUUCUUGCGUCUGCUCGCUCAGCCCGAUGCGACGUCCGACUGCGACGACGACGACGAUGACGAGGACAUGGCAAGGAGGGCAGGAAUCGUACCGGAUUGGGAGGCGGUGCACGGCGGGAUAUGGGAGAGGGGCGUGGGCGGUCGACAACGGCCCUGGAGCGGCGCGUGGAUCCCCACCAGGUCGCAGAUGCAUCCCCCCACCAGCCAGGCGGACACAGAGGACAGCAACGGCGACGAUCGGGCGCCCGCCGAGGAAGAGGAGAUGGGCGACGUGUCGGAACGCGCCGCUUGGGUCGUUGUCGCCUCGCUCCGCUGGGCCGACCUCUGA